AUUCAUCCCGCUCAAAUUUCGAAGCAAACAGAUCCAAACAAUUCAUCCCUAAUUCAACCCAAAUUCUACGACACAGAUGGCGCCUAAAGCCGAGAAGAAGCCCGCGGAGGAGAAGAAAUCAGCCGUAGCGGAGAAGGCUCCGGCCGCCGAGAAGAAGCCAAAGGCCGGGAAGAAACUUCCCAAGGAUGCUGCCGCUGGAGAGAAGAGGAAGAAGAAAGCGAAGAAGAGCGUGGAGACGUACAAGAUCUACAUCUUCAAGGUUCUGAAGCAGGUGCACCCUGACAUCGGUGUGUCGAGCAAGGCGAUGGGGAUCAUGAACAGCUUCAUCAACGACAUAUUCGAGAAGCUGGCGCAGGAAGCGGCGCGACUGGCCAGGUACAACAAGAAGCCUACCAUUACCUCUAGAGAAAUCCAAACCGCUGUUAGAUUGGUGUUGCCUGGUGAGCUUGCCAAGCAUGCUGUUUCUGAAGGAACCAAGGCGGUUACUAAGUUUACUAGCUCUUAGAUUUGGUUAUGCAUUCCUCUGUUACAUGUACAAUUUAGAAAUGCAUUGGCCUGGAAUUACUGCCUUCUGUUUUUUGGUGCUCAAUGAUUGAUUUUGUGGAAAGUUGUAAACGUUUCUAUAAUAUAUGAUCCAAGUUUACUUU